AUGUGGGGGACGCCGGGCCCCGCGGCGCGCAGCAUCCGCCCCUACGGCUCCAGCCAGCAGUACCUCUAUGCCAUGAAGGAGGACUUGGCCGAGUGGCUGAAGGAGCUCUACAACCUGGACAUCGAGGUGGGCACCUUCGUGGAGGUGCUGGAGACGGGGGCCGUGCUCUGCUCCCACGCCAACAACAUCACCCAGGUGGCCAGGGAGUUUGCCCGCAGCUGCCCCGGCGUGGCCAGUCACCUCCACCUGCCCGCUGCCGGCGUCACCUGCAACCUGGCAGCACAGCCGGGCACCUUCCAGGCCAGGGACAACGUCUCCAACUUCAUCCAGUGGUGCAGGAAGGAGAUGGAUAUUCAAG